UCUUUUAUCGACGACGCUUCCCUUGAACAGCAACUGGCCCGCCGAAAAAUCUGGACAUUUGGAACGAAAAAGUGAAUCGGCACGUGUUUUUCUAUUUGUUAAUAUUGAAUGAAUGUUGAGUUAUGUUUGGAGACAGACCGUGGUCAGACUGCAUUUAUGGAGGAGAGGACAAUCAAUAUCCAAAUGCUCUUUCCAAUGACUUUGGAGCAAUGGAAAGUUGCAUUGAAGAUUAUCACCGUUUUUCAAUUCCUGCGACUCUGCCUGCUGUGUCUUCAUCCUUAGAGGAACCCUACACACCGACCGUCAACUAUUCCGGGCUGUUUGCAGAGCAUUUCUCCAAGUUCCAAAAUGCUGCCGAGGAAAUGUCUGGGACCUCUUUCAACUUGCACCUUGAUACGAUUACAAAUUUGACAUCUAGUAACGAUGCGCAAAAUAGUUCUCCACACGAACGGAUGGAACCAUUGUUAUCGCCAUCAAAUCCAUCGUUGGUUUCUUGUAAAGUUCCCAUGCCACUUGUGGAUCCCGCAAUAGCAUCAGAAGCUUUUUCUUCAACUGGAAUUGAGUAUUCAUCUUCCGAGGAAAGCAUUGACAUAUGUUCUCGCAUAAUGGACAAAACACAUAAGGACACAAUGGCAUCUCCAGACUUGCGAGCAUCUUCCAGUAACAAACUCUCGAGUGAAUCUGACAAAGGAGAGGAAUCCGGUGGACAAGAUAAUAUGCCACAGAAAAAAAGAAAACGCCGUGUUUUGUUCUCCAAAGCUCAGACUUUCGAGCUGGAAAGACGAUUUCGCCAACAGCGUUAUUUGUCUGCUCCUGAAAGAGAACAUCUGGCGAGUCUAAUACGGCUCACCCCAACGCAAGUCAAAAUUUGGUUUCAAAACCAUCGCUAUAAAUGCAAAAGAGCUAGAAAUGAGAAAGGAUUAGACUUAAAUCAUCUGCCUUCGCCACGUAGAGUGGCUGUACCUGUGUUGGUAAGAGAUGGGAAACCUUGCCAACCAGCUAUGAACGGCUUGGUGAAACAUCAGGACUCCAUUGGACCUCACAACGAUUUGCCUUCCAUCACUUCGAUAACGUCCAUGACAUCUUUAGCAGCUGCUGGAGUCACUAACAUGAGCAAUUGUGUCACGAACUCAUGUAUCAGUUCCUACAACAUGAACAUGAGUAAUGUGAUGCCAACUUACAAUCCGCAUUUGUUUCCUCAACAACGUUGGUGGUAAAUUUCCACGCAUUCAACUCUAUUUCGUCAGUGGUUCUUAAGCUUCUUCGAUGAACAAAUCAUUUUUCAAAUAAGAGGCCUCUUUUCUGGCUAUAAAUCAUAAGGUGAAUGUUUCUUUUUGUAUAAAUGCUGGAUGUGAAUAAGUUUAUUAAAGUCCCAAAUAUCCUUUAAAAUGUUUGUUCAUAUACCAAAAAUGUUCCUCUGCUUUUUUUUUAAUACAAUAAGCAGUAAAAGGUAUAUUUUAAUUAUGGAAUCACUAUUACACCGUAAUUCCAUAUCUUUUUUCACAGAGUGGUUCUGGUAAUAACCAUCAGAUGCUAACUUAAGUCUUUUUAGCUGAAAUGGAUACAAUUUUUUUUUCUCUCUUGUGGCUGAAUGGCUAAUGAAAGAGUUUCAAAAGUAUUCAUUUGGUAAAGGCUAAAUUUAAAAAAAAACUAUUAGAUUUUCUUUUUUUUAUAUCGAAAUUAUAAAUUCAUUAAAUAAUUUCUGUAUCUAAAAAAUUUGGGCAUUUAAAUGACAACUACAUGAAUCUUCUAAAGAAAUGAAGGUAGUAUAUAAUUAAAAUGAGGAGAAAAUCGUUUAAAGUAAUAAGUAUAGAAAAUGUUUUAAUAAUGUGGCAAUAAACAGAUACAAAACAAAUGACACAAUUAUGUGAUAAAUGAUCGUAGAAUAAAUCGAAUCUUGAAACAUAUUCCAGCAUUUAUUUUUCCUUUCAAGAUUGUUACUUAUUUUUUUUUUUAAUUAAAUUCAUUUUAGUUUUUUGCAAAGCAAAAAUUUUGCAGAACUUUUUUCUCCUAUAACACUAAUUCAGACUUUUUGAAGAGCGAGCGUAUAAGUGCAUCAUUUUUCAAAUUUUCACAUAUUAGAACAUUUAUCAUUCGGGUUUCUGAUAGAAAGCAAGACUUUAGGAAAUAAAUUACUGAUUACUGAAAAAAAAUAGUUAUUUAUUUUUUAAAAGUCAAUGAUUUUUUUUAGGUUAUUCCUACUAAUAUUUUGAUUUACAUUUUAAGAAAUUCCGGUGUUUUUUUAAAAAUCUGACAUAGCCUCAUUUUCAAAUAAAUAAAUAAAACCAAGAAGCAUCAGUAAUAAAAAAAAUCACCGCAGGCUCAGCAUUACAUUAUCUUGUUAUUAAGAAAAGGAAGAAAAAAUAUAGUUAUUUUUUAAAUAACGAAAAUAUUAUUUCUUUUCAUCGGAGUCUGAAAACCACUGGUGACAAUAUCCAGAAAAAGAAAAUAAUGGGCUGGAAAUGAAUUGAUUUUAUUUUUGAGCACCGCUAUAGCAAACAAAUGAUGAACUGUCCCUUUCUAAUGAUUUCUACCGGAAAUGUGCAUAAUCAAAAUUAGAAUUUCGGGAGAUAUACUAGUGCCAAAAGAAAUAACAGAUAUUAUUGAGAGUAAAUUAGUUUUUCUGAAUAACGUAGAAGGAUUUUUUUUUAUUCAUAACAAAAAUCCCGUGUAAAGUAUUUGAUAAAAGUUAACAAUAAUACAAGCUGAUCAAAGAAAUCCAUUUCUAACAAAAAUUGUUUUCUUUCCAUGUUUGCAUUAGAAAUUUUUCAUCCUCAUAACAAUUGUUGCAAGAACAAUAUGUAUUUCACAUCUAAGCAUUUUGUUUUUAUUCUUGUCAUUUACAACCAGAAUAUGUUGACAUUUUCAUGAGUACUCCUUCGUAUUUUAAUAUUUCCUUUCGUAGAAUUCCCUAUUUUUAACUACUAUUUAGGCGUUCUAGAAGUAUUGUAUUUUUGUUUAUUAAGAAGAAAAUGAAUUAGGAUAAAUGCCUAUUCUCUUCAAACGGUGAAUAAAUUUAUUUUUUAUUGUUAUUAACUUGUCAUACUUCAAAUAGAUUUUAUUGAAAUUGAUUUCAACUCAAAGAUAACAACUCAAUUGCCAAAUCCGAAGAGUUGUUAUGAUUGAGUGCUUUUGUGUUCUUUUGAUAAAUUCUUAACAUUCUAGUCCGUGUGUAGACUGUUAUUUCGCUGGAAACUGUGGUUUCAUUUUGUUAUAUUAUGUUUGUCCAUGCUUUGUAGUUUUUAUAUGUUUUAGAGCAUUUUGUGUCUUUGUGUUUCAUUUAGAUUAGUUUUUAGAAAGCCAAUUUUUUAGUAGUUUGGAAGAUAUUUUUAUUUCUGUACAUAUACAUAAAUAUAUAUGAAAUAAAUUUACUGCUAGUUGUUAAUAUAAAUGACUAUGUAUAUGUCCAUGAUGGUUUAUGCUUUUAAAGACACGGUUCUUUAAAAAAACUAGUUGUUUCGAUCGAUUAUUUGCAAAAAAUGAAAAGAAAGAAAAAAGAUAUUAACUUUUUCAAAGUAGAAAUUGUAUUUGUCGAAAACCAUUUAAAGAUGUUAGAA